CGCAAUUUUGCGAUGAAGAAAUAUAAUUUCAGUUACAAAUGCACGUGUAAUCUUGUUUUGUAACCCUGACGUGCUAUCUACGCAGACAAAUUCCCAUGGAUUACCCGAUGAGCGCUAAAAUAGCGGUGAAGUCGCAGUCCUUUCGGAACUGUCGAAUUCAAAUUGUCAAAGGAGACUAUUCACUUUCGACGCAAGACGGGGGAGAUUGUGUUGUCGAUGUUUUCGGAGAUCCUGGUAGCGGUUCACUUGAUAUUCGUGUCAGAAGUGGUAAGUUGACCGACACUUUUUGGUGUAUUUUGAAACAACUAAACAACUAAACCUAGAGCUUUGUAGAACGUGCUUUUUCAAAUUGUUUUUCUUCCCAGGCAAUGAAUACAUGCCAAGUUUUAGAGUGACGAAAAACACAGACCACAGCCAAAUGGGUCGGCUGAGGUACCUUAUAGAUCUUCCCGAGCAGAACUUUAGUGUUCUUCUGAGUUUUUCGCAUAGAGAAGGUAAGCCUUUGUUUCUAUAAAAUACACGUUACAGUCGAACUAGAGUAAAAGUGAAAGAAUCUCAAGGUUUUUUGAUGGGGAACAAUGAAUAGUUAUAAACUCAUGCUACUGUAGCGAGCUCAUGCAUAAUACAUACCGCUAGAUUUAUGGUGUAUAUUUGACAACGAUGCAAGUAUUUUUAACAUUUUGACUGUAGCUAAGUGCUUUGGAAGAAUAGAGUAGCUUUAGGCUAUGUAAUUACCCAUACCUCAUUGAUUUAAUUACGAAAGGUUUUCAUUCAGGUAGGAUGGAAAAAUUUCCUUUUUCCUGCUUACCAGUAAUUAAUCCUCUCUCAAACUGCGCAAAUAAUUUACGAGAAGACUUUGGAAUAACGUUUUCUUUUAUUAUAUUUUUAAAAUGCCGGAGGAAGGUGUGGGAAGAUAAAUAACAUUAUUGGUUUAAGUAAAACAAGGAGCUCUUUCAAGGUUCCAUAUUUUCUAAUUACAAUGUGGAAACAUAUUGCUAAAUUACAGAGUAGUUUAAAAUUAGUCUGAUGUUCAUCAGCUGUGCGGUUUUAGAAAGAUGGUGCCUUAUUCAUUAAAACGUGUCUAGUUAAUCGAUUUUUUCACAACUAUAUGACAAGUUAAAUGCUGUGUUAAAAAUAACUUUCUCUCUCGUCUCAGUCUGUUUUCAUACCAAUUUUUUCAUGUCACGGUUAUCAAACCUUUACACUGUAUUCAUAUCCAGAGAAAAAAACAGACUGUAAUUCGUCUAAAAGCAGUUGUGUAAAAUAAACAUUCAGUGGUGUGAGAAGGAAGAGAGUGGAUAUUUUAAGAGAAAAUAGUGCAUGCUCUUGUGCAGCUGUAUUGUGCAAGUUUCAUUUUUGACAGGAGAGAUAAUCAUGAAAUGGUCCACAACCUUAUCAUUAGGACCCAGCUUGUGUUGUUUUAAAAAGCACUUCUUAUACACUUUUAUUUUGGUUUUGUUUAACUGAAAUUGUAAAGAUAAUGGUAUAAUCAGUACUUUUGCCAAUUGUCCUAUCCAGGUUUCUUAUCUGCUUGUUUUCCUAUAAUUGCACAGCACAUAUCAAACAUAAUGGAUAAUUUUUACUUGCAGUGGUAUUUCCUGCUUCUUUGGAUAAUACAGGGUUAUAUGACAUUUCAGUAACCACUGUUUAUGUAGGUAGCUAGUUUCAUAAGGGUCAGCUGAAACCCAUUAUAACUACCCCCUUGCCACAAAGUUUCUCUUUAUGAUAAAACAUUUACAACCUCAGUAUGCAUAUUCUCCAUAUUGUUCUCCUUACAUUUUGUAUGACACUGACAAGGAGACUUUGUUUGACAAUCAAGAGUUUCUUUAUUCUUGUGACCUCAAAGUUUGAUUCAGAGGUCAUGUUGUGAGAAGGAAUUAGAUUCUAGUCACUCAAAAGGGUUAAAUGGUUGAGGCUUUUACAGAAUAAAUUUAAGCUUGUUUCCAUUUAUGCCCUCAUUUUAAUUUUUGAGACUUUACAAAUGAAAAUAACACAGUUAGCUGUUGCAUUUGCAUGAUGCUUGUUGGAAUCUAUGGCUGUCUUCCUUGAUCCUUUUUCCCAACCCUCUCUAUCAUAGCAAUAGUUAACUUAUUACAUGUACAUGUACUUCUCUUGAGUAGAUAAAAUAAAACCUUUAGUAAAUUGGCGAUGAGAAGAGUUGGUGUCAGAGUGUUUAUGUUUAGAAAAACAAAUUCUCUGAACCAAUUUUUUAGGGUUCUGUUGUGGCUAGAAGAGAGGGUGAUGAUCAGAACUUAAGAAUUACUGGAUAUGAAAAAUAAUUUUCAUCAUUCAGAAAUGGUCAAAUUCAUGGCGUUAACCCAAAAAGUUAUGGCUAGAUCUAAGUAGGACUGAUUCAGGCAAGUUUAUUAACCCUUAAAAUCCUGAGAUCUGAGUUUUGAUUCUCCCUUCUAGCUGCUACACAAUUUCUUGUAAACAAGUUAUGAGAAUUUGGUGUUAGAUCAAGAUAACCUUAACCUGAUAAGUUUGAGUAUUCUCAUUACCUGUUUACUGAAUAUUGUAUGGAUAUUAUUUGGAGAAGUUACAUGUUAAUCACUUCUGGGAGUUAAAGGAUUAAUUCUCUAAAUCCUAUUUUUUCAUUACAUUUUUUGUGUUUUUAAUCUGUUUUUAUCGCUCUUUUUCAGAUGUCAAUGACUUUAAAGAAUUGUUGAAUGCAGCUUCUGGUAGAAUGAAGAAGCGAUCGCUGUUUGAUGAGAGGACAGAAAAGGCAUCAGCCAGUCAGUAUUUUCAGGUGAGGAAGAUGAUCACAGCAUAAAUAUCUACUAGAUCAUAUUAUAACAUAGCUAAUAAAUUUUUGUAAUCAAAUUCAAUUGCGCGAGCAUGCUUCAUAUUCCUAUUGUGCACACUUGUGAUGUCAGCAAACAAAUCCCUCAAGAAAAACAAAUUUUCCAUCAGGUUGAAAAUGUUAUAAAAUAAUUGUUUCAUACAUCAGCUGGGCGUUCAUCGAGAUAUGAAGCACUUAGGAAGUUUGGAGAGCACACAAGAAGCUAGAAUUGCUCUUGGCUACGUCUUGAGCAACUCUUAUGCAUCUUUUGUGCUCUCCAAACUUCCUGCGUGCUUCAUAUCUCGAUGAACGCAUGCUGAGGUAUGAACCAAUUGUUAAGUAUAGAUCAUGUGAUGAUGACAGCUUGAAUCUUUGCAACCUACAUUUAGGCAUCACUUCUCCUCUGCAGUUAGAUGUAAUUAGAAUAAAGAACAUUAUCUGCAACUGUAUUGAUUUUCUUUCCCAUUUUUUCCAAGCUUGUGAAAAAAUAGAGGUCAACUUGGUUUUUUUUUUCUGAUAAGUGAACUCAAAGAAAUAAAACAGCAAAAAAAUAUGCUAUUACUCUAAGAAGAGAUAUAGCAAGAAAGUUCCUUACAGUAACGCUUGCGUUUACGUUAACUGAAAAACAGAAUUAAACAUGCCAAAAAUCACAUGCAAUUGCAGAUAAAAAAAAUCAUGUGCAUCAAAAAAUCGCACAUGCAUGCAAAACCUUGAGACAUCAGCCUCAGUAGUAUCUAUGAAGUAGUUCCUCUGUUUUCUAUUGUUGGCAGUUUAUUGUUUGAAAGAAUAGGCUACAAUGUAAUGAUGUACAGGCAACUUUUAAAAGCAGAAUGGGAUGAAUACCAGGGCCUAGAGCCUAGAGCCUAGAAGAACUCGGGAGGUUUUCUCUAUUUUUUCUAUUUAUUCAUGUGGCACCGUCUGAUGAAAGAAAUAUGCAGUACUUGUGUUAAUUGAAAAAUGUUAAACUUUGUGAUGGCCUCUCUCAUUAUAAAGUUUUCUGUAGCUUAGUGAAAAAGCAUUAGGAUCUGAAGUCCAAAGUCUGGGCGGGGGUUCCUCAUGACUCAUGAGUUACUCACAUUUUUUCUUUGUGUUGUGCUUGUGGUAAAAUAAAGAUCUUUCUUAAACAUUAUUUUUCAUUAUACAGUAGCAAAAUCCACAGCAGCAUGCUUAAAAAUAUAUUAUCUGAUUUGAAUUACAUCUGUUAUAAAUAUUUUAUUUUUCUCAUUUAUAUACAUUGUAAGUGGCUGUUUUUAAUUUCAUGCAUUUUUUUAUCUUUAAUUUUUUUUUUCGCAGUUUUAUGGAUAUUUAUCACAGCAACAAAACAUGAUGCAGGUAAAUGGAAGCUGGUGUUUUUCAAAUUUGUUUGACAAAGGCAGAAAUAACUGCAAAUAGUGAACAUUAAUUUUAAAGAUUACGAGGACACAAAAACAUUCUAAGAUAAAUAUUGUCAAGUAAAUAAUGGCACUGUUUUUUGUCUCUCAGCCAAAACAAUGAUGUAAACAAACAAGUAAAUAUUCAAAUGUUAAAUUGAAUUAAAUAAAAAAUGUCAAAGAAAUUUUUAUUAAAAAAAUGCAAAAAGUAUUAAGUGUAAUUUGCACAGUUGAAUAUAGGCAAAUUCUUUCAGUGCAAAAUAGCAGGUGGAAAAGUAAUCAGCAAUACAGGUUGAUAUUAAAAUAUUGAUCUAUGUAAUUGUAAUAUGCAUUAGAAGUAUAUUAGCCUUUAAUUGUUUGAGGGGUCUUUAACCCUUUAACUCCCAGAAGUGAUUGAUAUGUAUUAAGCCUCCCUACAAUAUCUAUACAUUAUCCCGCAAACGGGUAAUGAGAAUACUCAAACUUAUCAGGUUAAAGUUGUUACUUGAUCUCAUACCAAAUUCUUGUGGCUAAUUUACAUAGAAAUGUGUGAAGGUUAGAGGGAAGAAUUUAAAACCAGAUCUUGGGAGUUAAAGGGUUUUACUCGCUCUUGUAGGGAGUGAGAGUAUUUUAUUGUGAUGAUAUGGAUUUCAAAUUUGUUUGAAGCUUAUUGCAAAACCUUGAUUGUUUUCAAGGUAUUGGAUGCUGUCUUGUUGUUGUGCAUCUAAUAUAAGGUGUCAGUCAUGUACUGUGUUCCAUUGAGUUGAGUUCUAAUUUCAGAUAAGUUUGCUAUUGAUUCUAGAGCUCCCCUUGCUGUUUCUGUAAUCCAGUCUUUUAUACCCUGAACUGCAUUGAGGACACGUUCACUCUUUUCUCAGUGCAAUGGAGCAUUGCAAGUAUUUACAAACUAGGAAAUUUUCAGAUGAUUUUGGCAUGUCUUUGUGUGUAAGGUUGUAAAUGGGUUAACAUAUUAGUUCUUCAUAUUUUAAACCUCUCUCUCAAUCAAACAGGAUUAUGUGAGAACCUCCACAUAUCAAAGAGCAAUGUUGCAGAAUCACACUGACUUUCAGGAUAAGGUAAUUGGGUGGUAUUUUUGAAGUCUAGCCAUGAAGUCUAUUUACUUACUGGGAAACAGUUGUUUGGUAAAUCAAAGGAAGUCUGAAUGUACCCCAGCCAAAGGGCCGAUUUAGUUGGAGCUUACAUGUAUCUCAGUUUCCAUAACAUGAAGUGACUUGGUGUAUUACCACUUCCCUCUGGAUGGGAUGCUGGUUCAUGCAAGGUUACCCUUCCCCAGCAUGUCAUCAGGCUUACUUAAGAAAUCAGUGGUACAGUCAAAUCUUGAUUAUCCAGACUUGUUGGGACUAGACAAAAUAAUCCAAAUAAUCAAGGGUCCAGAUAAUUGAGAAUAUGAAUGUAAGCCAAUCAGACCUCACUUGAUUGUCCUUCAUCAGUUAUGAUGCAUGUAAGAGCUGCUUUUGCCUUUUCAAAGUGAAACAAACUUACCUUUACUUCACUUUUCAGCAUUGUAGUUUUAAAAAGAUUAUGGCUAUGGAUCUUGGUCAUGACUAAUAAAUAUUUUUAAUGAAAUUGGGACCAGAGGAAAAGUCCAGUUAAUCAAGAAAUUGGAAUAAUCAAGGUCUGGAUAAUCGAGGUUCAACUGUAUCCAUUCAUACUCUUGGGUGAAAAUAGGCACUGUGAGAGUAAAGUGUUUUUCCCAUGAACAUAACACAUUGACUUGGCCAGGUCUUGCACCAAACCUCUGGUCUUGGAGUCCGGUGCACUUAAAAUUAGGCCACAGUGCCUCCAAUGGUUGAUUGGUUUUUAAUAUUUAAGUUAGGUACUAGUUGAUCUAAUACCCCGUUCACACCAAAGCUUAAACAUGUUUAAAAUUUGUUUUGAUAAACAGAUUUGAUAAGACAGGCCAUUCACACUGCGGCCACAUUUAACAAAACACAUCUAAAACCAUGCUUAAUAAAACUACCUCACAGUGUAGUUUAACAAUCAUGUUUAAUAAUACACAUUCAAAAUGGCGGCAGAAACCAAAAUGUGUGGAAGAGUUUGGGAGCACAAAGAAACCCUCCUGUUACUUUGCACAAUUUUCUGCAUUUUUUGGCUUUCUUCUGUCUGUGUUUUCCAAUAUAAAAGCACAAUAGUUUGCUCAUCUGCCAUUUUGUUUACAUUUUACAUGUUGUGGCUGUAUGAUGUUGUAACAUUUUACAUCAAUUACAAUUACACGAACGUAAGGCUGAGCACAAACAUGAGGCUGCAUUGUUGUCAGCUCUUGUUGUUCAGUGUGAAUGGGUUGAUCAGUUAACCAUGUUUAACUAAACAUGGUUUCAUUAAACUUUGUUUAAUUAGACAUGUUUUGAUGGUGUGAAUGGGGUAUAAGACUCUUUCGUUUCUGUGAAUUUUUCCUAAUUCUGUCAAAUUCUUUUUCAUAAUCUCUCCUGCCUCUCUUUCUGUUUGCAGGUGGUGAUCGAUGUUGGGGCUGGAUCAGGUAUAAUAUGCCAGUCUAUGAAGUAUGAGUAUUAACAUUAUUGUGGUGGAUGGAACUUUUAGUCUCAAGAAAAGCAAGUCCUGUCUGUUUUUCAAGACUGAUUCCUGAAGCCACCUCAGCUUAGUCCACUUUCUUUCUUUAUCCACAGGAAUCCUUUCAUUCUUUGCUGUGCAGGCAGGAGCCAAAAAAGUUUAUGCUAUAGAAGCCAGCUCGAUGGCCUCACAUGCAGAGGUGUGUACAGUGUCUGGCUAUCAGACAUGUUGCUGUUUUAAAUUUAUUUGCUAGUACAGUGAGUCCUUUUGAUUGUUUGUUAGUUUUUUGUCAUACUAAGGAAUAUUUAGUUUGUUAGAAAUUAAUUUUACUGGUUAACUACUCUCAGUUAGUAACUUUAAUCACUAUUGACAACAUACAGUUUAGGUGCCCGUUGUACUGCUAAAAAUCAAUGUUGCCAGUGCUAGUGGUUAUUCUUUUUUGAAGCUGUAACCUUGGUUGAGGUUGUUGUCGUUAGAGUUGAGAGAAAUGUUGAUUGCCAGUUGAAUUGGUUACAUGUAGUUACUCUGUGAACUCUUUCAUGAGAGUAAACUAUUUUUUUACAAAUCUUGUUCAUAGGCUUUGGUCAAACACAAUAAUCUUUCAGACAAAGUGAUUGUGAUUCCUGGAAAAGUUGAAGAGGUAAGUUCCAGUUAAGCUCAAGAUUAAAAUUUCCCCUAGCAAAGUUAGAUAAAAUCAAUGCACUCCUGGAUUGCUGCCAAAAAUGAAUCAGACUCUGGAGAAAACAAUUGACUAAAGAAUUAACAAUUUGGAAUUUUCAAUUUCCUUUUUUUUUUUUUUUUUUUUCUUUUUUUGCAGGUAGAGAUUCCUGAGAUGGUAGAUGUUAUCAUAUCAGAACCAAUGGGUUAUAUGCUUUACAAUGAAAGAAUGUUGGAGAGUUAUCUUCAUGCUAAGAAAUGGCUUAAACCUGAUGGUAAGCAUUCUGACUCUCUGGCAACUCUUUUUUUUCUUGUAGUCAGGCUGCAUGAUCAAGCCUGGGGAUAAAUGGAUGAAAGGUGUAUGAACAGACCUGCUGGUAUCUGGUCAUUGGCUGCAGGAUUUUAAGAAAAACAAAAUAAAAUGAAACAAACAAACAAACAAAUUAAAAAAUAGAAUAAGAUUGUUUCAUCUCUUGAUUUUUUUUUUUUGUGAAGGUAAAAUGUUUCCAACAACUGGUGAUCUGCAUGUGGCUCCAUUUUAUGAUGAUGCACUUUAUAUGGAACACUUCUCCAAAGCAAACUUUUGGUGAGCAUUGUUUGUUUACUGAUGUUUCAAAAUUAUUUUUAGUGACAACUUUGCAAUAUUUCCUUUGUUAAAGAUUUUGUUUGUGGCAUGACAAUUGUGUCGAAUGGUUGUACUGUCCUGAAGACAUCCCUUCUGUUGGUUUUUUUUUUUUUUUUUUUUUUUUUUUUUUUUUUUUUCUCUCACAAAUUUGUGUCAGUUGAACAACUUUAAUUUUAACAACAAGAAUAAAUUGGAAAUUUUGUGCCCAAAAGCUUUUUUUGUUUUUGUUUUUUUUAAAUGGAAGCUAUUCUAAACCUCCCCAGUAGUGUUUCCAGUAGUGUUAUGUGACCAGCAUCAAAAAUCUCCUUACAAUAUCACCCCUGAAUCAAACAUUUAUUUCAUGAGAAUAAAGGAAUGAUCUGCAACUAACAAAGCUCUAGAUUGUUAAACAAAUUCUCCUUGUCAGCAUCAUAAAGGAUGUAUAGAGAACAUUAUUGAGAAUAUGCAUACUGAUGUUAGGUUGUAAAGGGUAAAACUUGUACAUGUAUAGUGAACAUUUGGAGAGGGGUGACAGUGCCUAAAGUUUUACAGCCCAUUGUGCUUCUGAUGUUGUUUUACAGCUUUUCUGGGAUGCUGAGUGAUAUUAUCUUUGAUUAUUGUAAUAUAAUUGUUAUUGGUAGCUUAUUUAGCCUCUUGUAAUAAUUAUUGCUUAGUGAGCAUUGUUGUUCAUGUAUGUAGGUAUCAGAAUUCAUUCUAUGGAGUUGAUUUGUCUAAUUUGAGAGAAUCUGCAAUCGAAGAAUACUUCAGGCAACCAAUUGUGGUGAGCUUUCCUGCUUUUGAUUGUUUUUUGUUUACUUUAGUUGAAGAUCCUUGAAAGAGUCUUUCAAUUAAAAGAUGUCCAAUUCUAGAUAUGUUAACUCAUGACUAAAUUUGAAACUUCCAUUUCCAAAUGAUCUGGACUGGCAUUAUUUUCAUGUGGUUGAGCAUGGAAAUUGGAGGUACUUAUUUGUGAUGUUGUUCUACCAGUCAAAGAACAAUAUAAAGCCAAAGUUACUUUUAUCAUAUCAUGAGAAUAGAUUAAGACUGAAGAUGAUCUUAAGUGUACCACAAGGAAGCCAGAACGAGACUUUUUUAAUCAGAACUGUCUCAGAUUAAAGCAAUUUGUGUCUGAAUAAACUUUAAAAAAAGUGGCUCGGCAAUAUCCUUAUCUCAAACUGAAUGGAAACAUUUAUCAGUUCUGCAAAUCAUAUGUAGCUCAAAGGUGUUAUACUGGACAGAGUUGAUUAUAAUACCAUGAAGUAGCUCCUUCAAUGCAUGGCUCAGGAUCGCUUGUGAGGAGACAGUUUUCUCAGAGCCCACAGUACCAUGCAAGACUGAAUCAGGGCACCUUAACGAUCAUCUGCCUUGUGUCACUUAGGUCUGAUGCUGAAUAGGUUGUCACAAUUUCAGCCUUUUUUAUAACAUGUCAGAUAUUUCUCUCAAGUUCUGAAUUGGUAAUGGCUCUGCAGGAUUGUAGCUUUGAAAUGAGGCUGCUGGCUGAUAUUUCAAGUGAGAUGCUCAAAGAUUGAGUACAAUAUUGAACAAAAAUCAACCUGAAAAUCAAAUCUUUUUCAUCAGGCAAAUUUUGGAGGUAUCCAUUGCUUAGCAUUGACCCUGAGUUCUGUCAAACAUGUUACUACAUCAUUUUAGGAGAAUGGUAGCUUGAUUUUAAUCAUGCUAGAUUAUUUAAGCUUGCAAGCUCUGGAUUUAAGUGUUGAUCUGAGUCACUGGAUUCUGCAAUUGAGAAUAGCCCUUAAGAAUUUUAAAGUGCAUUUUUUUCACCCAGAAUAUCUCUUAAAUGUGCAUUUUGUUUAUUUAUUUGUAAUGAUUAACCUUGAAUAAGAUUCUUUCCUUUGUAACAGGAUACGUUUGAUGUACGCAUUUUGAUGGCCAAACCUGUGACACACACUGUAAAUUUUCUUAGUGCCGCUGAAGAAGAUUUGCACAGGUAGUCAAAGAUAACAAGAUCACAAUCUAAAAAUUGUAGUAGCUAAAAUUAACAUCUUAGUUUGUAAGCGUUAUUCUCAGUUGAUAAGAUUUGACAUGCAGUUGUGGGAAAUUCUUUGAAAGUUGCUUGUAUCGGAUCAAUAUCAGUAUCUGGGUAACUGCCCACCUACCCCUCCCCUAACCCAACAACAGUCAAUUGAUGACAAGUUAGGGUUAAUGUUGGGUUAGGGGAGGGGUAGGUGGGCAGUUGCCCAGAUACUGAUAUUGAUCCCUUGUAUCAAUCUAAGAUGUUGCAUGUCCUGUAACAAUUCAUACAGCACAACAUAGGUAUAACAUCUCUGUUACAGGCAAAUUUCCAAUUCAAAGACCAACAUCUCUGUGUGAUUUAUAUUGGUUGAAUUUGGGUUAUGCACUUCAUAGAGGUGCUUGGGUAUUGCCACAGACUUGCAAGGUAUAAUUAUAAUUAUUUUAGUUCUGAGAAGUAUGAUAUUUUUCAUUUUGCAGAAUAGAAAUUCCCCUACAUUUCACAUUGCACACUUCAGGAACAGUUCAUGGCCUCGCUUUCUGGUUUGAUGUUUCAUUUCAAGGAAGCAAGUAAGUGCUACCUAAAGCUGUGUUCAUAAUGUAUACAGACUUACCGUAUUUGAGGAUAUGAAAGAGGUCUUCCAAUAUGCUUGCACUUAGAUCCCCUGACAUGCACAGGGCUGGUGUACAUGACUUGUUCGUGUCAAUGAAGGGUUUUUAGUCAUUCUUCCCCUCCAGACGUGUUUAAUUUAUGGAUCGUCAGGAACUGAAAAUUAGAUAAUGGUCACCAGAAAUAACAUUUCAGCUGACAGUGAUGGAUGAUCAUUUCUCUAAAGGGCUUAGCUGACAUAUCAUGACGAAACACCCCUACCCAAGGGAGGAAGAGGCGAAGGAUGAAUGCAAAUGGUCAUUUUGACUUUAGAUCAAGACAAUUCAAGAAUAAAAAUCUUACAGCUUGAUAUAAAACUUAACAACAGAACAAAGAUUGACAAUGUACAUGUACAUGGCUGAAAAUUUAAAUUGGAAUUUUCAAAAGGGUUGUAGUACAUAACAGUGUGAGAUUCAAACAAAUGAAUUUUUUUCUUUAGCUCAAUGCAGACCACUAUUGAUUUUAAUUCCUUUUGUUAAGAUUGCAGUAUACACAUAACACAGUAAUUAUUUUUGUUGAUUACUUACAUCACAGUGUUCCAGUAUGGCUCUCUACAGCACCACAAGAGCCACUCACUCAUUGGUACCAGGUAUAUAUAUGAAGUUAAUUACCCUCCAUAAAUCCUCAGCUAUCCACAAGUACACUGCACCAAUUAUGAGAGAGAAACAAUCACAAAUUAAUGAAGGCUAACUCUUGUUCUUGCCUUGGGGACAAACUGUCAUUGAAGACACCCAACACUCAAAAUGCAAAGAAAUGUUUAAAAACAAAACUGUAGCUUUCACAGAAUUUCAGGCACUUCAUGUGAUUCCCAAGAUCCAUUUUUAUUGUUUUAAGUGUUUUGACUUAUAUUUUAGAACUACAAAAUUAAAGAGAAACCAGAAAUUUAGAAAGAUCAUUGACAUAUUUAGUGCUUGUUAAACGUUACAACCCAGAAACUGGGUCCCUUAUAUAAUCCCUCAGUAUUGCAAGUUCUAAAACACCUGACUGUGACUUUUAAAAAAUUUUAAAAACUUGAUAACUCAAGCCUGAACCUAAACCUAAUGCUAACCCUAAUAUAAUUUAACCAAGAACUUAUGGGGUUGAAAGAGGGGAGACUAGACACUUUUGAGUCUUAACAUAUAUAGAAGGAUUUUUUUUUAUUAGUUCUAGGCUUUGCUUAAUUGUGGUUUGAUUUUAUGGUAGAAUAUUUUUAUUUUUCUUGUUGGUAAUUCUCUUGACUUUUGAACUUUGCAGGUUCGAUGUCUUCUCCGCACCCCAAUAUUUGCAAAAGUUGGACAGGCAUUAUCUGGGGUAGUUCUUCUCGUCUCCAACAGGAGGUAAUUGCUAACAAAAGCCUGUAAAGAGUUGCAGGAAUUUCCACAAGAACUCAUUCCACAGUGACAGUCAGUUCCAACUUUGUAAUUGGAUGCUCAGUAAACUGAGCGUCAGAGAACUCAUGUCUUGAUAAGCUAGUAUCUCAGGCUGAAUAAGAAGAAUUAAAUAACUUUAACUUUGUCAGAGAUGGAAUUUAAACUCAAAACUAGUUGCUUGUGUUAAGGAUGAUGCAAUUAUAUUUCUCUCAUUCAAUGGUUAACACCAGAAAUCCUGGAAUCUACCACUCAUUUUAAAUUUGCCUCUUGUCAAAGCAUUUUAUUUUUUACUUCCUUAUUAUUAUUAUUAUUAUUAUUAUUAUUAUUAUUAUUAUUAUUAUUAUUAUUUACUAGUACAUUGAACCAUUUAGUCUCUUUUUAUGACUACUGCCUCCUGUGGAGGAUGAUCUUGUUUUCCUUAAGGACCACCACCAUGCUGAUAUUCACUCUUAUUUCAUAGACAGAGCUAUGAUGUAGAAAUCGAGCUUUCACUGGAUGGGACAAAGGUCAGGUCCACAAACACACUAGACCUGAAAAACCCUUACUUCCGCUACACUGGCACCCAGACUCCUAUUCCUGCAGGGUGCAACACUGUCUCCCCAACAGAGCUGUACUGGAAUAUGGUCAGCUCUGCAGGAACUGGUGCAAAUGUUGGUGCUGAGAAUGGCUUGGACGCUGGUUGUGGUGCAGGCAUUAUGGGUAAUGGACUUGUGGUCAAUGCAGUGGGAGCUUAUAGUGGAGGUAAUGAAAGUGAAAUGUUGUUACAAUCAGUGGACUCCAGUUGUGUCUAACCCAUAAACAGGUUAAGAGUAGGAGCUGACUUAAAAAAUUGUCAAAAAACAUACCUGAGUGAAGUAUCUUAACUAAGUACAUAACAAUUAGCCAGACAGCUUGGCAGAAAGGAUGGUAUAACUAUGUAUGUACCUACCCAUACCCCCUCCCCCCCCCUCCUGCCCCUAACUACUAAAAAAAAUUAGGAAAAUAACAGAGAGGAACUUGACCAAGCUAGAACUUGGCUGGAUGGUGUGGCUGGCCAUCAUAGGUAAUUCUUACAGUGUUCUUGAAAGUUUGCUGGAAGCCACUAAUAGUUGUAUUGCAUAUGUGAAAGCAAAGAUUCACACACUGCACCCUGACCCAGCUUCUUGCUAAACUUGAGUUAACUAUCUUUGGGUAAAUCAAACUUAUGACUGUUUUUUUUUUUAUUUUUCAUUUGGCAGGAGGCAUUUUAGGUGCCACACCCUAUGCCUUGGGGGGAAUUCCAAGUGGUCUGCCAAUAGUCAGUGCUGUUCCUAAUGCAUCCACUAUUGAAGGAAGCUCCAGUCAUUAUGUUGGCAGCAGAUAUGUAGUGGGCAACCAAGCCGCUAUAAUACCUGGUUACACUGGGACAAGUUGUGGUGAAUAUGUCACCAGUAGGGGAUCUCAACAUGCAAUGGUGUACUCCAGAUAAACUGGGGCUUUUUCCUGUAUCAACUAGUCCACCAUGAAUGUAAAUAAAUUGAAAUGUGCUGAUUUUUUUUUAAAGGGAGGCAAAUCACUUUGCCAUCCAGCAGACAUUGUGUGCUUGUAUGUGGUGAUCGUAUGGAAGGAAGUCAUUCUCCUCUGGCCUAUGAACAUGUGGCGAACCAAUUAAGUAUUGGGUAACUUUAAGAUGGCAUAGUUGUAAAUGGAUACAUGGAAAUGGAAGAUGGUACAGCUGCACUUGCCUGCCUGGUGCUUAGUUUAAGAUUUAAUAAUCAGAUCUUGCUUCACAGACUUCUUGGAUUGUCUUUGCAUACCAUUAUCAUACAAGUGUAUUGAAUGGCUGUGCACGGACUGUUUUAGUCAUUAAGGAUACUAAGUGAAGUCUCCUUCUGGACAUUGUUUUUUCAUUUAGCUAAAUGCUUUAAAAUAUAUAUUAUCAAUGAAAAUAGCUAAGACAACCUAAUUAUUAACUUCACUUCAGUGGUAUCAUGGUUCUCCUUUUUAUUACACCCAUUUUGAAAUCACUGGUGGUCCCUGUAAUCUGAUUGGCUCUAAUUGGUGCGAUUUAUUCACGAAUUGCACCAUUUUUUGCUUUAAAUCACAUCUUUUUUCCAGUUGAAGAGGAGGCUACACUAAAAACAAAACAACCAAUCAGACUUCAAGGCUUGUUUAAAGUAACCGAUCAAAUUGCAGGAAGAUGAAAGACAUGAAGGAUCAUGCAGCAAAUUUUGCAACUUUUGUUUCCAAAACUCUUAUUUUUUCCUCCCAAAAAAUGGAUGACUUUAAUUCCAAACUGGCUCAGUAUUGUAGUAAUAAAUAUUUGAACUGACCAAGUCCUGUAUUUGGGCGAUUUCAAAAUGGAUGUAAUAAAGUGGUAAUUGAACCUCGUGUAGUGCAAUUUUGGUCUGAAAUUAUACUUGUGAUUUCAAAUUGAACUCGCGCUGCGCGCUCGUUCAAUUUUGAAAUCACGCGUAUGAUUUCAGCCCAAAUUGCACUCCACUCAGUUCAAUUACUAUUAUAAAUCAAAAGAUCAAAUGAGGAUGAUUCACUGGUGGCAGGAGUGGCCUAAGGUACAUGAAGCCUCUUCAAUUCUAAAUGAUGACUCAAGAAGAGGGGACAUAUUUUUUCAUGGCUUGUCAAGAUUUUGAGUAUUGUACAUUAGUGAGAGCUUGGUUUUUAAUGAGUGAUAAUAUGGGUAAACAAAUGCUAUGCUGUUUGUGGUGGUCAGUUUAGCAAUGUUAAGAGAAAUAUUGGAUAAGAGUGCACUGCAGGUGUGAUACAUUGUACACAAAGUACAACCUGAUUGGUAAACAUUGUUUGACACAACAACACAUCCUUACAGCAUGUUAAAAACUGGUCUUAAGAUAGACCAUGAGCGGUUCUUUCUUGUUGGCAAAAAUCUGUCGUCUGAGUCAGAGAAAACAGUGAAAAAUAAAAUUGAUAUUAGUACACUAGUCAGAACUCAGGAGGAUUUCCACUUUGUGUACAUACAUUAAUUUUUUGUUUUCACUUUUUUUUUUUAAACCUGCGUGACUGAAUUUGCCAAAAAGGAGGGACGGCUCGUAGACUCGAUUCAAGAGAAUUCUAAUGAAAUCUUUUUGCAUGUUUUUUGUUUUGUUUUGUUUUUUUCUAAUUAGGAAAUAUUAGUGUGUUGUAUGUAACUACUUAACAGACUUGCGUUACAUCUCUGACAGCAAUCUACAAGCUGCCUUGUUGAAUUAUUUGUUAUAGAUAAGUUAUUGAUGAAGCCUGUUAUGAAUAAUGAUUAUAUUCUAAGAAAAGCUAGGCCAUACAUUGUAUCUUUGCACCAGGGUCUACCUUAUGUUGAGUGUUGUGAGUAUACCGCAUCAAUUUUUAAGACCUGUACAAAAUAAAUACAAUUCAGUUUCAUUUUAGCUUUAAUGAAUGGCUGAAGGAAAAUCAGUUGGUUACUGAUCCUUUCAC